AUGAAUUGGCUUGAAGCUGAAAUUUCACCGCUCUCAGGGAGAGCGGGAGCCACCAAUGAGAGCUGCAUCAAUGAAAUGGCCAGCCCUGAAGAAGGUAUAUCUCAAUCGGGUCUGAACUUUAAGGUCAGUCCAGGGUUCAGCUUGCAGCCUGGUUACAGACCACUUGGAGAGGCUGGGGUAGCCAGGCAGGAUAUCGAGCAGACUGACAAAUUGAUUUGUUGUUCAUGCUGUUCCUCACAGGGAGCGCCUGGUGUGGCUGGAGAUCAAGGCCCGAAAGGUCAGAAAGGCGAACCCAUUUUCAUCUCCACCAUAACCACGAAAGGUUCCAAAGGAGAUCAGGGACUGCCGGGAUUAACAGGACCACCUGGACAGUCUGGUAUUCCAGGAAAAGAUGGGAAACCAGGCAGACAAGGAUAUCCAGGAAUCCCAGGCGAUGCUUGGGAAGGUUACCCUGGUGAUACAGGUAGCCCGGGUGUCCCAGGCAGAAAAGGGAUCACGGGUACACCUGGCCUGCCCGGUGUGGGCAUUCAAGGCCCUCAAGGAAGACCAGGGCCUCCUGGUGACUUCGGACCCGGUGGUACACCAGGAAUUCCAGGACUUCCAGGCCUCCCUGGAACUCCAGGUGACUGCAUUGAUGAACAGGAAAUCCUGCUGGUGGACAGCAAUGGCACAAGAUUCCGACCAGCUAUUCCUUGUGGAACUCCAGGACCUCCUGGACUGAGGGGACCACCAGGCUUAACCGGAGAUAAAGGUGUGAAAGGUCCACAAGGAUUCCCAGGAUUAUCCCGACCAGGAUACCCAGGAAGGAAAGGUUAUCUCGGUGCUCCAGGACCAGGAAUUCCAGGGCCACCAGGUUUUGUUGGGCCCCGUGGAAAUCAAGGCUUGCCGGGUCUACCUGGGCCGACUGGGAAUACUGGAUUUCCAGGACUGUCGGGAAGGCCAGGACUACCUGGUGAAAAAGGCUUACCCGGAGAUGCAAUAGGGGCAGUGCCAGGAUACCCAGGUGAACCAGGACAACCAGGUCGACCAGGAUUCAAAGGAGAAAAAGGAGAUUCUGGAGAAAUUGGAUUCAAAGGUGCAAAUGGAAUAUUGGGAUUGAAAGGUCCCAGAGGUGAAGAAGGAGAACCAGGGCUACUUGGCCCUGUAGGACUUUCUGGAGCGAGGGGACCACCUGGGGCUGACGGGCAGGAUGGGCUGCCAGGCUUACAAGGGAUACCUGGUUUUCCAGGCUCUCAAGGUUCUCCAGGUCGCAAAGGGGAUCAUGGUGACCAAGGGACCCCAGGCCCAGCUGGAAUGAAAGGAUUGCCUGGAAUUCCUGGUAUACAGGGAUCCCUGGGGGAUGCAGGAUUCCCCGGACCCCCUGGUCGUUUCGGACUGGAUGGUUUGCCAGGUCUUGAUGGCCUGAAAGGUCUGAAAGGUUCACCAGGAAUGGCGGGAUUCCCCGGUGUUAAGGGAGUUAAAGGUCGACCCGGCCUCACAGGCUUGAAGGGGGAUGCGGGAUUCCCUGGAAUUACAGGGAGCAAUGGUCUGAGUGGAGUGAAGGGUAUUAAAGGUGACCGUGGAGAGACUGGGCCUCCAGGACCACCUCCACCUAUCGAACCUGCCAUGAUGGUGAGAGUGAAGGGGGAGAAGGGUGAUGAUGGUUUACCUGGGGAACCUGGAUUUGUUGGUCCCAGAGGGUCGAAGGGGAUGCCAGGAUAUCCAGGACAGCAAGGACAGCCUGGUCUCCCCGGAACACCAGGACAACAGAAAGGAUUUCCAGGAAUUCCAGGUGUGCCAGGAGACCCUGGAAGCAAAGGGAUGCCGGGAUCUCCUGGACCUCCAGGCAUUAGUGGUUUCCCUGGGAUGUUUGGUGAGAAGGGUGUCUCGGGAAAUAUCGGCCUGCCUGGAGCUCUCGGUCUCCCGGGCACACCUGGAUUGAAAGGUGAACUAGGAGAUACAAUGAACAUUCCAGGACGUCCCGGUUACAAGGGCAAAUAUGGAGAUCUGGGAUUGAAAGGAGCAUCGGGUCCCCCUGGUCUACCAGGCACACGUGGACCUCCAGGAGAACCAGGCAUUGAGGGGAUGAAAGGAUCUCCAGGUGAUCAGGGGCUCACAGGUAAACAAGGCUCCCCUGGUUACCCUGGGUUAGUGGGCGACAGAGGAUCACGAGGUCCCACCGGCUCACCUGGUCCGAAGGGGUACAUGGGAUUUCCAGGAUAUCAAGGAUCUACAGGUUUGUUGGGUCCUGAUGGUCUGCCUGGUUUAGAUGGGUUAAAAGGAAACAAAGGCUUCCCAGGAUCCCCAGGUCCAAGCGGGAGAGGAUCUCCAGGUGAACCUGGUCACCAGGGUGAGAAAGGGGAGAAAGGAUUACCCAGCACCAAACUGGGGGAACCAGGGCUGCCAGGGGAAGUUGGUCCCAGGGGUGAUGUCGGUGAACCAGGCCUCGCUGGUGCAAUGGGACCUCCUGGUGAUCCAGGACCCCUGAUCCCAUCGAACAAACCAGGAAAAGCAGGUGAUCCAGGCCCAAGAGGAAGUGAGGGUCCACAAGGUUACCCUGGCCGACCUGGUCCCUCUGGCAGGUGGGGACAACCUGGAAACAAGGGUGAGAAAGGGAUUCCAGGUGCACCUGGCUUCGGAGGAUCACCAGGGAUCCCUGGUGAUAAGGGAGCUUCUGGUCUUCCAGGUAUCAAUGGCAUUCCUGGAAAUAAAGGUCAAAGAGGUGACCAGGGUAUAAUGGGUUACCCUGGGAAAGCCGGACCACAAGGAGACCGUGGAGUCCCUGGACAGAAAGGUUCAGUGGGUCUCGCUGGUUUAUUGGGAUUGCCCGGCCCACAGGGACCAGCCCCUCUUCCUCAACAAUUCUCCGCUCCGCGUGGGGCUAACGGCACUCCAGGAAAUCCUGGGCGUCGUGGUUUUCCAGGAGACCCAGGCCCAAAGGGCAUUCGUGGGGAUGAAGGUGUGAAGGGCCCUCGGGGUAAACCAGGAAUCCCCGGGCUCACCAGCUCCCCGGGGAAAAUGGGUCCCAGAGGUGAACCAGGUCCAGUCGGUCAACAAGGACCUUUGGGAUUUCCAGGUGCCCGUGGGAUCCCAGGAGUACGUGGGAUGGAAGGGAUGCCAGGCCGAAGCGUCAAUGUGGGAUACCUCUUGGUUAAACACAGUCAGUCACAGGAAAUCCCACCCUGUCCACUGGGAAUGAACAAACUCUGGGAUGGAUACAGUCUGUUAUUUGUGGAAGGACAAGAAAAAGCUCACAAUCAAGAUCUGGGGUUAGCUGGAUCGUGUAUGCCAAGGUUCAGUACAAUGCCCUUUGUGUAUUGUAACAUCAAUAACAUUUGCUACUUUGCAAGCCGAAAUGACAAGUCUUACUGGUUGUCUACCAACGCUCCAAUUCCAAUGAUGCCGGUUGCCGAUGCCGAAAUCAAACAGUACAUCAGCCGGUGCUCGGUCUGUGAGACUCCCUCUCUGGCAGUCGCUGUUCACAGCCAAGACAUUACAAUCCCAAUGUGCCCCACUGGGUGGCGCAGUCUGUGGAUUGGCUACUCUUUUCUAAUGCACACAGCUGCAGGCAGCGAAGGAGGUGGUCAGUCCUUGGUGUCACCUGGCAGCUGUCUGGAGGAUUUUCGAACCACUCCUUUUGUGGAAUGCAACGGUGCCCGUGGCACAUGCCAUUACUUUGCCAAUAAGCACAGUUUCUGGCUAUCGACUGUUGACCCCGGCCAGCAGUUCAAGGAGCAACCCAUACCUGACACUCUGAAAGCAGGACAGCUUCUAACCCGGAUUGGGCGGUGCCAAGUCUGCAUGAAGAAUUUAUAACAAUCACCACCCCCCCCCCCCACCCCCUGCAAUAAAUAAUCACUCACUGCCACCCUCAGAAAUCCAUAGGGUGAAGACAACAACGUGAUGGACAGGAAAAAACUGGCAAUCCAAAUUAUUUUGUUCAAUUGCGCUGUCUUUGAGCUAGGAACCUCUAACACAGAUAAUACCUGACAAACCAAUUAUAUAAAUCACCCAUUGGAGAGACCCCUGGCAGCAACAUUUAACUUCAUUAAUGCACUAAAUUCAGCUUGUUCUCUUUAAGGCUUAGCACUAAAAAAAAAAAUGUUGGCACCACUAAUCGAGGUUCACCAGCCAAGCCCUGGCCACAGAAGUGCGGGGAUGAGAAAUAUCUGAUUCCAACAAAAAUUCCAACUUUUUCAUGCAGUUGUGCUUUGGAAUUUUUCCCAUUCUGGCCCAGAGAUGUCCUCCACUCCCACCUCUUUACUCUGCCACCUCUUACUCAUUUGCUGGGAUUGGGGAAGUGUAAAGGCUAUGCUUUGUGCAGCUGCCACUGCAGUGUGCGGCCUGUCUUCCUACACUGGGGCAUUGGUCUGGUGCUGCCUCCACUGCAACAGACUGUAGCCAAGGCCUGGGAUUCAGGACUAGAGCAGAAGGAGCAGACCGCAGGCUAGGAUCUAGGCUGUAGCUGGGUGGGUGGAGGAGUGGGACAAGGAUGUUAGGAGCUUGCAGAACAACAGUCGAGCUUGCACUGUGGCUCUAUUGAGCUAGCUGUAAGGUAGAAGCAGUGUGUCUUAUGGUGUCUCAUAGCUACAACAACGAGACUGGUUAAUGCAGUAUUACACUUCUAUCCCAAACAUCCCCCUUUAGAUAUUACAAAAAAUGUACGUAUUAUCAUUUACAUAACAGAUAACACACUGUGCACAACUAUUCUCAUGCAUUCACAGUUUAUUAUUCUCAUCAGGCCUUGCACAUUUCAACCAGUCUUUACAUCGCGUCAAUCUCUUUGUAGUAUUUGUUCAUCUGGGUAAUGUUCCUUCUCUGGGGAGUGUCAGUCCUUUGUCACUUGUUUUUGUUGUUGCAGUACCUGUUGUUCUAUACCUCUGGGACUGAAGGUUGGUCUGAGUAGUUGAUGAAUUCACAGCUUCCUGCUUGGCUGCCUGCAGUGUCAGAGCAGCUCCUUCAGUGGUGCCUGUGCUUGUGAUGGUGUAGUGGGUCACUCACUUCCGUCACAUUGGCAGUUGCUCAACACGGGUCCCGAGUUGCCAAUUUGGCUGACUCUUGUUGAACAUUGAAUGUUUGGACACUGUAGGUUUGGCAGUUUUGUGAAAAUGAAAUGUGUCUUUUUGAAAUAUCA